AUGAAGUUCUCGCUCGCCAACGUGGCCACCGCGGCUGUGCUGCUGACCAAGGUGGGUUCAGCGUUCGUUUUACCAGAGUUUUUUCAAGAGGCUUUUGUGCCAAUUAGAGGCGAUGAGCAAGCCUUUUGGGAGUUUUUAUGGGGAGAAGAUGAGUUGGAGGACUUAGACCCUGAGUUGAUCGAGCCCGAAGGGUUCCCCAAGCCGCACAUUCCUUACUUUCUGAAACCAAUGGUUGAAAGUGAGAAGUUGCAGGAGAAGAUCACGGUUGAAGACUUAAAUGCGACCGCUCUCGACAUCUUGAAAAUCGCCAACGCUUCUACAAAGCAUUAUGGGCAUCCUACUCGGGUUAUUGGUUCUCCCGGUCAUUGGAAGACUAUUCGCUACAUUUUGAAGCAAUUUGACGAUAUGAAGGAUUACUACGAAGUUUCUGUGCAGGCGUUCCAUGCUUUGGCGGGCAAGAUUGAGUCUUUCAACCUUUCAGACGCCAAGACGGGUGAAACUUUCCCCAACACCACCGCAUUUUCGCUUUCUCCACCUGCAGAGCCAUUCGUUGGUGAACUGGUUCAAAUUCCUAAUCUUGGCUGUGACGCCUCUGACUUUGAAUCUGUUACUCCAGAGCCACCAUUUGAGAAGCAAAAGAAGAAAAUUGCUCUCAUUGAAAGAGGACUAUGUCCUUUUGGCAACAAGUCUGAACUGGCUGGUCAGUUCGGCUACAGCGCCGUUGUCAUCUUCGAUAAUGAUCCCAAGGCAGAAGGCGGUUUACAUGGUACUCUAAAUUCAAUUUCCAAGCAUAGCGUCUCGACGAUUGGUGUUACUCACGAGACGGGUAAAAAACUGAUCGAGCGUAUCUUGCUGAACAAGCACUACUUCCUGGAAUUUGCCAUGGAUUCCUAUGUGAAGAAGAUCAAGACUAAGAACAUUAUUGCAGACACUAAGCACGGUGACGAAGACAACAUAGUCGCUUUGGGUGCUCAUUCAGAUUCUGUAGAAGAGGGGCCUGGUCUGAAUGACGACGGUUCCGGGACCAUUUCUCUCUUGAACGUCGCCAAACAGUUGACUCAUUUCAAGAUUAACAACAAAGUCCGUUUCGCAUGGUGGUCCGCUGAGGAAGAGGGUUUGUUGGGUUCAACUUACUACGCUAACAAUUUGACUAAAGAGGAAAACCUGAAGAUCAGGGUUUUCAUGGACUAUGAUAUGAUGGCAUCUCCAAACUAUGAAUACGAAGUUUACGAUGCUAACAAUAAAGAUGAUCCAAAGGGUUCAGAAGAAUUGAAGAACUUGUACAUCGAUUACUAUAAAUCCAAAAAUCUAACUUACACUUUGGUCCCAUUUGACGGAAGAUCUGACUACGUCGGAUUUAUUGAAAAUGGUAUCCCAGCGGGCGGUAUUGCUACUGGUGCUGAGAAGAAGAAUGUCAACAACGGUAAAGUGUUGGAUAAGUGCUACCACAGUCUCUGUGAUGAUAUUAGCAAUCUAGCCUGGGAUGCCUUCUUGGUCAACACUCAGUUGAUCGCUCAUUCCGUUGCGACGUAUGCAAAUUCUUUCGAAGGAUUCCCUGAAAGGGAUAAUGCAACCGUCAAGACUGAGGUUGUGGGCGGUGAGCCUAGAUUCAAGUACAGAGCAGACUACUUGAUCGUCUGA